AUGGUUGCCCACUGCGCGCUGUGCCCUGACGAAGGCAAGCUCAGAUGUGUCGCCUGCAACGGAAUUCAGUACUGCUCCAAGCGGUGCCAAAAAGCCGAUUGGAAAGUCCACAAGCUCAUCUGCAAGUCCUUCAGCGAGCACAUGAACAAUCGUCCCAGUCAAAAGCACUACAGCAUCAUCGUCUUCCCGAAAGAUGAAGAAGCGCCUCGCUUCGAGUGGACUCUGUUCGAGCCUGGCACCUACAACGCCAAGAUUCCGUCGCCCAAGAAAGCCUACGUGCAAGAGCUGGGCUUCGAGUUUUAUGGGGUAAACUGCAAUAAUCGCAACAACCCCAUAGGAUACUUCGAGGAAGAUAGUACCGAUUACACGACUAAGAGGCACAUCGCUGGAAAGCAUCUCGGGUUGCUCUUUACCAGAAACUUGGGAUCUUUCGAAGAGCCUUUACCGGAGGAUAUACCAAUCAACAAGAGCUUGAUGGACAUUGAUCCUGAGCUUGCGCGACUCCACGGCAAAGGUCACGUCCUUGCCUGGGGCUGCCAUUGUCCCGAAGACAGACGCAAAACCUCCGAUCUCAACUGCACACCGGCAGACUUCCGCCAUGCCGUCGACGCCCUGAGAAAGAACCACUACAAAGACAGCCUGCGGGCGAAGGAGGUCAUAUCAAGGAAGACUGGUGGUGUCCUUGCCGUGCGCCUCACUUGUGUGGGCGACAAGCUAUUCUUCGGCCAUCCUACAUAUGAGAGCCAGAUCGAGCCGCGCUCCAUCCUGAGCAAAGAUUCUCAGGUCCCCUGCCCAGUCGCCGACAAAGUUGGCAUUCCACUCAUCAUUCGGAAAGAGCCUCCCGCGCUCUCCUGGCGCGACCGCGACGUCGAGUCCCGUCGGGAGAACCACAACGCGGCGAUGCUCAACCCGCCUACCCAGAAGACUAAGACCGGUACUCUGAUCAUUGCUCGCAAGGACGGGAAGCCGCUCUUGCCCACGCACCUCUUUUGCCUCAUCAUCUACACUGGCGAGAGGCUGCAAGACCCGAAGUUCGGUGAGGACGGCCACCGUCUGCCGAGUAUGAUGUUGCAGAGCCGUUUGAACCUGGUGUCUCCGGAGAACUUUGAGGAGUACUACAACAACGAGUGGCAUCGUUUGAAGCUUAGUGAGAGGUUUGUUCCUUCGCCUUAUCAGAUGUAUGAUGAUUAUGAUGGCGAGAUUCAUCCUAUCAAUAUGAGAUAG